GAAGCACCAUUUUGAGGUUUAUUUUAUUGCCGCGCAUAAUGGAAGAUUGGAAAACUUUGUUGCACCUUCCACUUGAAGUUCUGGACUUCAUAUUCAAGCAACUUUCGCCGUCAAAUAAACUUAUGUUGGCCGACUCACAUCCGAUUUUGGCCGAGGCAUUCCUUUACCAUGUCGGCGAUGUAUUCAAGAAACUUUCCCUCAGAAUCCUACCAACUGAGGAUCUAAUAGCCUUGCGAUUGCGCGGAUCGAGUCCACUUAAAAUUGAUACUGGAAAAUAUCGCGUGGACCACAUGAUUUUGCCUUCGGAGAAUGUGUCAAUCCUUCUUCGUUUGAUCGGGUCCAGUCUGCUUGAAAUUGACACUGGAGAAUAUCGUGUAGAGAAUAUGCAUCUUAUGUUCAAAUCAAUCCAAAGGCACUGCAUCAAUCUAGAGUCCAUUAUAACGCAUCUCGAUAAGAAAAACGUCAACGCUUUUUGCUCUUUGCUGCUAAAAUCGGAAAAACUUAAGACCGUUGGACUGUCAUUUUACCACAAGCUUGAUGAGUUUGACCCAGAGUAUACCAUCCAUGUUUUGCAUCAACUACCAAAUUUGAGAAAACUAAGGAUUGGGAGGAUACCCGAUGUAAAAAUCGAUCUUAUUCAACAACUGGUCGAUUUGGUAGACUUGGAUCUGUGUGGGCGAUAUGUCACUUGGACAGAUUUAAAUAUCUUUGAAGUUUGUGCGCCACUAAAGAAACUACGUUCCCUCAGAGUUUGCGAAUGCAAUGUAAAUGGACCGUUCCACAAUGAUGGUCUGUCGUAUCAAGUUUUAGAAAAGCUCGGAGUCGCUUCAUGCGAAAUAGAUCACCAAUUUCCGUUCUUUCCAAAGUUAAAAUAUAUUGACAUAAGAAACUCUUGUGGCCCACUCAUUCAAGAUCUGGAAAGAACAUUGCUUAAACAUGGAAACACGUUGGAAAAAGUUGUAUUGAUAGUCGAAUACUUCUGUCAAUACUCUAUGCUUCGAUUGGUAAAAAAUUGCAGGAACUUAAGAUACCUUUAUGUGCACCCUAUGGCAUCUGAUACAAUUUCGAAAGCAAGCAUUAUAUCAUUCAUCAAUAUUUUGAAGGAGAACGGGGUUACCCCCCAAAAUCCAUUUAAACUGACGGUGCUGGGAAACACAAGAUAUAUGGGGCCCGAAAAAGUGUUUGAGGAAGAACCAAUCUCGGAUCUCUUACAAUGUUGGAGUGAUAAGCAGUGGUUUUGUAGCUCUUAUUUUCCUUUAUUAUUUUGGAGUGCGUUAGAGACGCCUUUUGAAGACCCACUUUGGGAGUGAAUAUCAGAUGGGCCAGCCAAUGUUUUUAUAUCCUCUGAAUUACAACAAAGAUGUAUGCUUUAAACCCGUUGACGAAGUGUUCUUAAAAAAAUCGUAUUUGGG